AUGGGAGUUUCAGAGAAUUACAAAGGUUUGAUACUUGCCGUGUGCUCCAGUGCAUUCAUCGGUGCUAGCUUCAUCUUGAAGAAGAAAGGUCUCAAGCGCGCCGCUGCACGCGGUACUCGUGCAGGGGUUGGUGGUCAUGCUUAUCUACUAGAGCCACUUUGGUGGGUUGGCAUGGUAACAAUGAUUACUGGGGAAGCUGCAAACUUUGUUGCUUAUAUUUAUGCUCCGGCCGUUCUUGUUACACCUCUCGGCGCGCUUAGCAUUAUUGUCAGUUCUGUUUUGGCUCACUUCUUGUUGAACGAACGGCUUCAGAAGAUGGGAGUAUUGGGAUGUAUAUCUUGUAUUGUGGGAUCAAUUGUUAUAGUCAUUCAUGCACCACAAGAACACACUCCAAAUUCUGUCCAAGAAAUAUGGGAAUUAGCUACUCAACCAGAAUUUAUGAUUUAUGCCAUCACAACAGUUUCGGUAGUUUUGGUCUUGAUUUUAAAUUUUGAACCUCGCUAUGGACAGAAAAAUAUGCUGGUCUACUUGGGAAUCUGUUCAUUAAUGGGCUCACUUACGGUUGUGAGCAUAAAGGCCAUUGGAAUUGCAAUAAAGCUAACACUUGAUGGAAUAAAUCAAAUAGGGUAUCCUCAGACUUGGUUUUUUGUUACAGUGGCCAUAAUAUGCGUCAUUACACAGUUGAAUUACCUUAACAAGGCCCUGGAUACAUUCAAUGCAACAAUUAUUUCUCCUGUAUAUUAUGUGAUGUUCACAACUCUUACUAUUAUUGCCAGUGCAAUAAUGUUCAAGGAUUGGUCUGGUCAGGAUAUCAGCAGCAUAGCCUCUGAGAUAUGUGGAUUUAUCACUGUUCUGACGGGAACAAUAAUUUUGCAUGGGACUAAAGAACAGGAAGAAUCUACUAGGAAAGGGUCCUUGACGUGGUUUAUCGAUGAAGAUUCGACAAAACGUGCCUGCCCAAGGCUGUUGUGA